ACACUUGCAGGAUUCGCUUCAGGUGGUCCAUUUUUUUCACGUCAUUGAUGUGGCAGUAGAGCAAGCAGUACUAGUAGGUAAAUGCAAAAGGUGAAAAUUUUACACUUCAGCAGCUGCCAGUUAAAAGAGUUGCAAGAAAAUGGCAGUCUCGGAGGAAUGAAUUGGAAAUUCGUUUGAUAACUCGGUGCUCGGGUGCUCCAGAAAACAGUGAAGUGUAUUGGUGGUAAAAAUGUGCAGUUCAAUUUAUCACCCAGAAGAGAGAAUGAAAAUUUCCAGACAUUUUGGAAGAGGGAAUGAAUUGGCUAUUUAGGCAGUUUCCGAGUGACGGGGAUUGAUAAGGGUGCAGUCCUUAUCAGCUAGCAGUAGCGAUAGCAGAAGUGUAAACUGCUUUUUAACACCACAUUCAGGAUGUCUCUAGAUGGGUCCAGCUCGUUUGUGGGAACCUGGGAGAUUAUUGAGUCUCACCUGGAUGGAACCACCGAUAAGCUUGGUCUGGAAGGAGUGAAAUUCCGGUUAGAUGAGAUGGGUGACAUUGUUUGGUACAAUGAUUUGGUUAACACGAACCAGAGUAGCAGUACCGACGAGCAGAAGAUGUCCGGACUGGAGUCCGGGUUCUGUCCAAUCAACGAUUCGGCUGUGGUGCUGUUCAGCUGUGAAACGUUCGAAGUUAUCGAGUUGAGCUCCAACGGGCCGGGGUUGAUUUUCGGGGCAUACACGGGACACAGCAUCGAGUUCCGAACGGACGCGUACAAUCCGACCGAUCGUAUGUCCCUCAAAUGUGACGGCUGGUGUCAGUUGGUUUGCAAGCGGGUCAUGGAGGAUCAGUCGAUUGGCCAGGAGAUUCCGUUCACGCUGCUGUCGGUGCUGGAUGAUGGCAAUUUCUGUGACGUUACACUCAAAAGCUGCGACGAUGUUAUUUAUAACGUCCACUCGCCGAUACUGCGCUUGAACGGGUUUGAUUGCAGUAGCAUGGCUGCUGCCACCACCUAUCAACAUAUAGCAAGUCGUUUCGAAACGGCUGCAAUCGGGGAAAAGCCGCACCCACCACUUAUGAAGGUGUCAUCGGUUCCGUGUGCUCAGUUACCGAAAACCUCGACGCAACAUAUCAGUCAGCGCGCCAGUCCAACGACUACCAAUAACUUCCUGCUUCCGCCUGCUCUGGAUUUAUAUAACCUUUCACCGAAACUGUUGAACAACAUCUCGAACUCGUUUAACUGCCUCACGGCGAACGAUUCGAUUUUUCUGAAUGUUCCGAAAAAGACCUAUGUUUCGUCUUCAGAUUCUAACCUUAACUCAGACAGGAAUGUCUUCUGCUUUCCCGUUCCUAACGUCACUCCGUGUUUGGAUCAAUUCCAACGGGGUAAAUUCAAACCGCCCUCGUCUCCCUUUCGAACUAGAAGUCCUUCACUUUUCCCGUGUUCUUUGGAUACUCCCCCUUCGUCACCGCUCACCCCUUUAACGGUUCUGAAUAAUAUUCCAUCAAAAAUGCUGUCUACUAUCCUGCACUGGCUUUACUGUGAAUGUCUUCCCGAGGAUCUGGACGAAGAAACCUGUUCCGGCUUGAUAACAAUGUGUGAGAGUACGACUCCGCUGAGCCGAAUGACUGAACCGUGCAAGAACUAUCUGCGAAACAUACAACUUAAGAAAUUCGUCAUUGACGUCGUUUCUGAUCUGCACGAAAGCUUGAAUCAUAUGAUCCAGAUGGUGAACCCGAACACGCUCUCACAUAGUCCGUGUAUUCUGUGUCAGGUGUUCAAGGAGGGAUUCAAGGAGACUUUAACUGCGACCAUCAAACUGUUGCAGUUUUGCAACAUUUUUACGAAGGACGCCACAACGUUCACCCGGCACCAGCGACACGAAAUCAUCAAGUACGUGCGAUCCCGGAUGCCCAUUUUCCUCUCCCAGAUCCAUCAGUUGCUGCAAAAUUGCAACGUGGUACUGUGCGGUCUUAGUAGCGAGGAGAAAAACGAUCUGGUAUCCUAUCUGGUGCCGGAAAUAACCUACGUCCUCGAGGUGCUUACGUCGUCGAUAUCGGAGUUUAAAAAUUCGCUGGAGAAGGUUUGCAAAGACCUCAAAUCAACGCACACCGCUGGUGGUGAAGCUCACAACAACGGAAACGCCUCGCAGGAUGUACGAUCAACCCGAACGCGGACUCGAAGCUCAAGUGGAUAUUCCAGCAGUAAUCCCUACCAUGACCCAGCAGGUUCAUCCUCAACUGGAGAGGCGCGAAUGAACCGAAAUUCUGAGAGUGAUCUCAAAUUUUUCCUAUACAUGUACGAGGUGAAGAAAAUGCGAGACAUCUAUGGAAGGGUUUCCAGCGCAUUGGAAGUGAUUCUUCACAAGAGGGCAACAUUUAACGAAAUGAACCAUAUUCACCAACACCAGACUGUGCGGAGAAACCUGGAUCAGCUUAUUCUAGAAGUGCCAAUCUUUAUUGCUAGACUAGAAGAACUAUGUGAUACCAUUGAUGAGAAGAUUGGUUGGAAGGAGUUUAAGUUUUGCUUCAAAUUUUUGACUAGCCAAGUGAACGGAAUCAUUUCAAAGCUAUUGGAACAUAAAUCUGCCUUAAACGAUGCAAUGUUGUAUGUAUCCAAUCUAGUGCAGAAGGAACAGUUCACUCGUGCCAUGAUAGAAUUAGGAUUGUUAGAGAGCUUUUGCAUUGAUAGCAGUGGACUUGGAGACCCCCGGCCUUGUCCAAGCCGUUAUCUGGACUACAGCAAUACAAAGUUAAAUUUAGUGCAAAGCCUCUGCGAGCCCCCGUCGGCAACACACAGCAGUCUUUCCAAGAAUGCCCUGAAACUGCUACACUCGGGUCAACUGGCUGACAUGGAGUUCGAGAUAGUCGUGUCCCCAACGGAUUGUCAAAACGAGAACAUCGUAUCGGCGUUCGACUUCAGCCCAGAUGACGCACUGAUGUCUACCAGCACGAACGGAACAGGAUGCGGAACUCCGGUACGGAAUCAAUCCCACACAUUUAAGGCCCACAGAGUGAUCGUCGCCGCUCGGUGCGACUGGUUCAAAAAGGCUCUACUGUCUGGAAUGCAAGAAACCAUUAAUAGAAAAAUUGUCAUUCAUGACACUUCGCCUGUGAUAUUCCGAAGAUUAUUACUUUAUCUCUACGGCGCUCCGGUGGACAAAUCGGUUGGUGUCGAUCAAAUUUGCGAGCUCAUGCUUUUGGCUGAUCGGUACUCUGUCGAUAACCUGAAAGAUAUAUGCGAGAACACGUUAAUUGCAUCGAUUGAUGGUGAAUCGAUAAUUUAUCUGCUAGGAAUUUCAGAUCGCUUUAAUGCUUCUACUCUAAAGACAAGUUGCCUGUCCUAUGUUUCGCAACAUUCCGAACUCACAAUGUUGGACAUUUUCAAAGAACUUCCUGGAUAUCUACAGAAUGAAGUUCAGGAUCUGAUCAAGUGGUGCGGUCGCGUGCCGGAGCCCUGGAGCGAAUCCCGGUCGGAUCGAUCUCGACGUAGUCUGAAAAGCCCAUCCCGGUCGAAGUCAUCCCGCUCAAGAAAAACUUCACCCUCUUUUAUGUGACAAUGAUGCGGAUUAGCCAACAGUCAUCUGUGAAUACUAGUUUGAGUAGAAAACCUGUGAUUAGGUUAAAACAAACGAAAAGCAUAACUUUCUUAAGCGAUUAUUAAAAAAAAAACAAUUCAAUAAGAUCAACCAAAAAAAAGCUGUGCAUCAAAAAGUAGAUAGUGAAUGAAAUUUCAAUUGAGAAAAACAAGUCUUGGCAUACGAAUUGUGCAUAUUCAGUGAGUGUAAAAAAAGGUGGCAGAACGGAUUUUAGUCUUUCGAUUUCACAGCAAACAAUAUCCGUAUUUUUUCCACAUUAAGAGACAAAAAAAUAAUUAAUCGAAUGGAGACAAAACCGUAGCAGAAAGUUUGAGUGCUUGUUUCUGGAUUUCAGUAGCGAUUUUCUUUUUGUGUCUUAGGUAUCACAGACAUUGUAACACUGAUUGUAUGAUGUUGUUUAGCAAAACUGAAAUAGUUUGUUUCAUAGUUUGGCUGAGUUGUGUUUAGGAAAAAAAUAUUAACAAUGUUUCACACCUUCGUCGAGGUUAAUUUUAAGCUGGAUUCCGUGGAUUCUGCUUCAAUUAUGUAUGAAGUUGAGGUUGAGUACGAGAUUGCCUAGCGGAUCUGUUUUACUCCAUUAUUUUAGGUGUUGAACUAAUAAAAGCAAACUGAAUCAUCAAAAAACGGAUAUUUAUUUGUUAUUUAACUCGAAUGAUAUAGUGUGGUUGUUUCAUAGUUUUAUAAAAAAUAAAUUUGGAGAAUUUCGCAAUCUAGAAUGGACGAAACGCGUUUGUUAACAUACCUACAUACAUGUUUGAUUUAUAGUGGAUGGUUGCAUUUAAGAUGGCGAUUCCGUCGCUGGAUUAGGCAUAGCGGCUCAAUCUAGAAAUUACCCUAUUUAUCUAUCUCUAUCUACGAACAUUCAAGAAAAAUAUUUGAACCGGAACAAUCGAUACGGACCUUUACGAACGAAAGGAAUCAAAGAUUGGAAACUCAGUACUUGGAAUGUCAGAUCUCUUGAAUGAGAGUGCGCGGGUAUGGAAGUCGCGGCCAUUCAUGGUGGUCAAAGGCGGGUGAAUGUGAGUUCCAAGCGGCUGAUGCGAUACAUGAAGUGUUUCAAUACGUGGAUUCUUCUAUCCCAUUAUUAGAAAGCAAAGCUCCUUUACUCCCACGAAUGAGAAUGACCUUAAGGUGAAUUUCGCCACAGCUGGACUGGAGGUAUGGUAAUCUGUAGCACAUAUUUUGCACGACGAGACAUUAAAAAAAAAAAAAAAAACACGUGGUAACACUUUAUGGUAUCGGAUGUGGCUUACUUUCAAAUCAAUCAUGUUCUUCAGCGUCAAGAGGUGGCGACGGGGAAAAACCAGAUCCGGGGUGAGCGAACGGUUAGACGGACUCGAAUGUUCAGUUUACGAGAAGAGCCAGCGGUUGGAAUAUAGAAAUUAUCGAGGAAUUAUGAGGCAUCCUCAAUGUGCAUCAAAUGGUGAGAUGACAACCUGGCAGUAGCGACGACCUAACUCCGAUCAAGCCAAAUUAUCCGGUCGUGCCAUGUUAUCUCAAUCAUGGAUACAGAUGGUUGGUGUAGCCUGGGUAAUGUUGUCAAUCCAGCAACAUCUGAGUGAGAGGGAAUGAAGCGUUAAUUGGCGUGGUAACCAUUUUUCAGUGGUAGAAAAAAUGCUUCGCAAACUCAAGCGUCAUUCAAAACAGAAAUUGUCCUCCAUGUAAGAGGCGGCUAAUCAACGUUCUGGUGACAGUGUAGGACUUUUCACAGUAUUGCCAUAGUGGUGCUUCGUCGAGACUAGGGAUUGGUACAAGACUUACUAGCCAAUCGUAAAAGCCUCAGUACUAGAAAGCAAAUAGUUAAUACGGACUGGAACAAUCGGCAUAGACCUAGGCGUAGAAAACGAACUAGCGAUUAAAAAUUCGGAUCAUGGAACUGCAAGUCUCUCAAUUUUCUGGAAAGUACCCACAUUGCUUCCGACUUAUCAAGAGUCCACAAGUUCGACAUUGUAGCCUUGCAGAAGCUUAGAAGAUACACCAGAAAAAUAAUGAUCCUGGGAAGUACUGAUGAAGUUAAGGACUCUGAAGCGAGCAUACGUUUGCUGCCCAAGACAUGACGGUAAUAUCUUUAUCGGAAAUCUUUACGAUUAGAUUGGCUAGCAGGAGAAAUUUAAACCAGUUUUUGGGUGUGCGGUGCACAGCGGCUCACGAACGAAAGCCCAUUGGCACCACCGUCUUCAAAAACAAGGCUACUACCUACUUAGUAGUAUCUACUUCUAGCAUUGUCUCUCAUAUCGGUAAACCUCAACAGAACGAAUCAUAAAUCAAUCACGUUUUGAUUGACGGAAGGAAAUUGACGCUCACUGUACUUUAGUUUAGUGCGAUCCAUACUUGAAACAGCAGCUAUAGUCUGGACACCUUUCACAACGUCUGGAUCAGCAGAAUCGAGAGAAUUCAAGCGAAGUUCGUAAGGUACACCCUGCGAUUUUUACCCUGGCAAAACACUUGCGAUCUUCCAUCUUACGAAAGCCGUUGCCGCUUGCUGGGUAUGGAUACGCUGCAAAAGAGGCGAAAAAUCUAGGGGACCAUCUUUUUGGCCAAGGUCCUCUCAGGAGACGUAAGUGUACCAUGGAUUCUUGCUCAGAUUAAUUUGAACAUUAUUCCUCGACCACUGAGACAGCGAAGUUUCCUGCGACUCCAACAACAUCGGACUGACUAUGCACAGCACGAACCAAUAAGACAUAUGUGUUUUCUGUUUAAUUCAUGUUAUCAUUUGUUUGACUUCAAUGUUAGUGUUAGAGUGUUUCAUGAUCGUGUAACAAAUUUUACCUUCUAACCAU